UUGAUCUCACAGUUUCAGCAUGUUGUGCCUUACUUGCAGCUGGUAUUUGCUGUGUUAGUGUUUAUUGGCUGGGAGCCUUGGGCUAAGGUUGUUGUCUCAUUGUACUUUAUGGUAAUUACUUUUAAUACGGGUGGGCUCCAGCAGCAGGGCGGGACGGACGUGGCCGUGGACUUGUAUCUGGCCGUCCGGCUGCUCUUCACCGUCCUGGCCCUCGUCCUCGCCUCUAUCUUCAUGAGGCUGAGGGGAGCCAAGGGGGAGCGGCCCCAGCAGCCGGUGGUGGCCGAAGCGGCCCGGGAGAGCGGCCCUGGGGACCAAACAGCAGCGGGAGUGGGGCCGGAGGUCGGGAAGGAGGCGGCUGCUGAGCAGUGGGAGGAGGUGGCCGAGGAGCCAAGCCCUGCUGGCGAGCCCAGCCCUGCGGUGGCCAAGAGCAUUCCCCCGCAGCCGCCUGCGGAGCCCGGCGAGCCCGAGCCCCAGGAGGAUGCAGAGAGCAAGAUACCACCUUUGGGAGCCUCAGCUGGGUCCAGCCUCAGGCACCCAGAACAAGUGGAGGAUGCAGGAGACCACGCAGCAUUUCCCAGCAAGGCAGAGGAGGAAGAUCUGGACUCAGAAAAAGAGAAGCUGGUGGUGGGAGAGCCGGCAAGCACAGCAGCUACACCAGCCCCAGUGACAAGUACAGCAGCAUUGUUUGAGAGUUCUGAGGGUUUUGAAUGGCCUUUGGGUACCCUUGGGACCUGCCUGCUGAUUGUGAUGGGGAUCAGCAUGUUGGCACACACACAGAGUGUGUUUUACUCACGACCAUUUUGUCUGAUCUCGAGAGUUAAGCAGAGUCGGGUUUGGGUCUUGUCUGGGAUUAGACGACAAUAUAGGAAGACUAGGAGAUUUUCCACAGGGCUCGUGAGUGGCAGGGUGUGUGGGACAGUAUGGGUGAGUAUCUAG